ACGUAACUAACAAUCAUUGUAUGAACCAUGUCUGAACGUCUAGAAGGCCAAGCCAUAUGGCCAUAUCGGGCUCAGACAAAGACAGCUUGCUCAUAUACGUUGUACUUGGUUGGGACUACCACAUCUGGAUCUACGGUCUCUCCCAUAACCUCGCACAAAUAUGGACUACAUCAAAAUCCAACGUAGCUUGGGGUAUGUGUUUCCGCCAUAUAAAGCUCUUCUUCACCGAAAAAGACAUGUUGGAACCGUGAAAGGUUCCCGAAGGUGGUAACAGAGCUUGCGGUCGGGAUAUUGCUCAGCCUGGCAUUCUUGACCGCAAGAGUUCAAAGGCUUCAAAUGCCACUCCCUCCCGGACCCAAGCCUCUUCCACUCGUUGGCAAUGUUCUGGAUCUCCCGCCUUCAGGCGUGCCCGAGUUCAAGCACUGGUUCAGGCAUAAGGACAAGUAUGGCCCCGUCAGCUCUGUUACACUGAUGGGCCUGGUGCUGGUCAUUAUCCACGAUAAAGAGGUGGCGUACUCGCUGUUGUCGAAGAAGGCCCAGAAGACCGCCGCCAGACCGCAGUUUAAUUUCGCGUCUCUGGCAGGGUUCGAGCAAUUCCUCAUCACUCACCAGUAUAACGACACGUAUCGUCUGCACCGCAAAAUGGUCCAUCAUAAGGUUGGCACUAAAAGCCUUUCAGACGGCUUUCGACCUAUCCAAGAGCGUGAAGCUACAUUGUUCGUCUUGCAGGUCUACAAGAAUCCUGCUGCGAGGAUGGUGCAUUCGAAAACUCUUGCGGCUGCCGUCAUUGUCAAAGUCAUGUAUGGCUACGAGAUCGAGCGUGACGGACGUGAUCCGUUGUGCGAAGUGAUCGAACACGCCAUGGACAACCUCUCACAGGCAUUUGUUCCCCUCAAAUGGGCAGUCGACGCAAUCCCAGCCAUCCAGUAUCUGCCCGAUGGUGUUCCAGGCACGGGGUCUCGGAAGACGGCCGCAGAAUACGCCAAAGUCAACUACCAGGCGGCCAAUCUCCCCUACGCGUUCGUCAAGCAACAAAUGCAAGCAAAGACCGAGCGGCCGUCGUAUGUCGCGAAUCUGCUCAAGUCACAGGCCGCAAAGCACGGUGGAAUGUCCAAGCUUCCGCCGGAGGAAGAAGGCGCGAUUAAAUGGACUGCUGUGAGCAUGUACGCGGCAGGCUCGGACUCUACCGUUGCCAUCAUGCAGAGCGUCAUCUGUGCUCUGCUUAUUCAUCCCGAGAGCGUCACUAGGGCCCAUGAAGAGAUCGAUCGGGUAGUUGGAAGUAGUCGUCUUCCCACCUUUGCCGACCGCAAGAAUCUGCCUUACGUCGACGGCAUUAUCAAGGAAGCAUGGCGAUGGAACCCCGUCGGGCCCAUGGGGCUUGCACACCGGAGCGAGGAAGAAAUGAUAAUCAAAGGCGACAUCGCUUUCGGAUAUGGACGUGGGUCAUGUGCGGGCCGCUUUUUCGCGGAUGCCAGCGUGUAUAUUACCAUGGUGCAGUUCCUAGCGUGUUUCGACAUUCGCAAAGCGCGAGAUGCCAACGGUAGGGAGAUUCCAGUCAAACUGGAACCCGUGGCGGGAAUGGUCAAUCGUCCAAAGCCAUUUGCUUGGGAGGUGGAGAUUAGAAGUGCGAAGCACACUGAAUUGUUGGAGGGCUUGAAGAGCAUGCUUGAGCAAUUGCGUGGGGAUUCAGCGUUGCUCGACCUUGCUUAACCUUGCUCGACUUUGCUUAUUUCUGGCUUCUAUGCCACGGCUUUCACGGUUGAAUGAAUGGUGAACGAAUCAGGCACUGAAUAGGGGACCAAAGGCCGCUGUAGUAUGUGCCAACCGUUGGGACAGGUAGACCCCACGACCAGCGGCCAGCAUGUGAAACCCCCUGAGGUUCCACCCGAUUGCAGAGCCGAGCAAGAGCGUCGAAAGCAGCUAUUCUCUGAGCCAGCGGCUUUGCUCUUAUAUCGGCUUCAUUGCUUGCAAGCAUGGCCAGGUAUCUUCUUUCAGGAAUUGAGUUAUGUAUUUCCGAAGUCUCCUUCG